AUGGGUAUAGUUCCAAAGAACGACAACAGCACGAGGCCAAACUCGAACAGACGCAGAAGAAAGAAAAGAAGAACCGAGGAUUUCUCGGAUUCCUCAGACUCUUCAGAUUCAUCCUCAUCAUCGAGCUCUGAUGAUGAUCAAGACCAUACUGAGGAAGUUCCACCUAGUGGAGAGGUUGAUCAAGAUGGCGAUUUCGUAUUAGAAGAUGAUGAAAUUGCGAAUAUUGGCCACCAUGAUGAAGGAGAAGCAAAAGAAGGAGAAGACGAUUCAGCUGGUAUUAAGCAAAAGGUAAAGCUUAUCAAUUUGACCAAAUCUGCAUUGAAUGAGGGUUCCAAAACCUUGGAUACGAAUCAGGUGGAAUCAUCGUUACAAAAGGGGAAAAAGACUCUUGAAACUGAUUACCUUUCGUUGAUGUUUAACAGUUAUGGUGAUGACAUUGACAAGUUAAGAAGUGCGCCUGAUUUUAACGAGAGAAGUUUAACCGUUUUAGCAAAUGCCUUGAAGAACGGUAGCAAUAUCUUUGACGAGGAUACAUUACUAGCGAUACUCAAAUAG